AACACUGAAAUGGGAUAAGGUGAUGCCAAAUACUCACUCCAGCUUUCCUGAAGAACCAGGAGAGCUGCUGGGGAGCUGCUGUAAAUUGAUUUACUGCUCCUUUGCUACCCUGGCAGUGGUGUAACUGCAGAAAUAACAGCAAAGUGUAACACAGGAAACAGAAGGUGUUUCUCUUUGUGCAGCACAAGCAUGACCCUGACUUCAUGUAAAAUAGCUGCAAAUGGGGCUUUGUUCCCAAUUUCUGUUGUGUUUGCUGUUUCCCCAAAUGGGCUGGUCAAAAUGCUGUUUCAAAACCACCUGCAAAGGUGAGGUGCAGGAGGAGUAAAACCAGCGUGGGGCUUCUCAGUCCUUCACUUUCCCAACCUUUUGGGUGGCGUUUGCUGUGCAGAUGGUGGAGAUUCCAGGAGGGGUGUUCACCAUGGGCACCCACGAGCCCAAAAUCCAGCAGGAUGGAGAGGGCCCUGCCCGGAGAGUGCACAUUGACACCUUCUACAUGGACCAGUACGAGGUCAGCAACCAGGACUUUGAGAGAUUUGUCAAUUCCACGGGUUACAUCACCGAGGCAGAGAAGUUUGGUGACUCCUUUGUGUUUGAGGGGAUGCUGAGUGAAGCAGUGAAGGCUGACAUCCACCAAGCAGUGGCAGCUGCUCCCUGGUGGUUGCCUGUGAAAGGAGCCAGCUGGAGGCACCCUGAGGGCCCUGACUCCAGCAUCUCCAGCAGGAUGGACCAUCCAGUCCUUCAUGUGUCCUGGAAUGAUGCCCUGGCCUUCUGCAGGUGGGCAGGGAAGCGCUUGCCGACCGAGGCUGAGUGGGAGUACAGCUGUCGAGGGGGCCUUGAGAACAGGCUUUUCCCAUGGGGCAACAAAUUGCAGCCCAAAGGGCAGCACUAUGCCAAUAUCUGGCAGGGAGUAUUCCCCACCAACAACACAGCAGAGGAUGGGUACAAGGGGACUGCACCUGUCUCUGCCUUUCCCCCCAAUGGUUUUGGCCUCUACAACAUGGUGGGGAAUGCCUGGGAAUGGACAUCUGACUGGUGGGCUGUGCACCACUCCCCCCAGGACCUUCACAACCCUACAGGGCCAGCCUCAGGCACAGACAGAGUGAAGAAGGGUGGAUCCUACAUGUGCCAUAAGUCCUACUGCUACAGGUACCGCUGUGCAGCUCGGAGCCAGAACACCCCCGACAGCUCGGCGUCCAACCUGGGCUUCCGCUGUGCCGCCGCCGCCCCGGGGCCACGCUGACAGGGGAGCCU